GUGCAGGUGACCUUUGUCACAUAGGGUCACAUCGUGGUGGGACGUGGUUGGGCACGCGGGGAUGCACUGCCACUGGUAGCAGUCUCAUGCAAAUGGUCACGGUAACACAUUUACAAAACAUACUGCACUGCAGCUGGUAAGCAUAUCUCGCUGCUGUUCCUCGCUAUCUUUGCCUUUGGCCCUUCCGGUUGACCGCACUUGCAAAGCAUGUCACAACGAAGAAAGAAGCUUGCUAUGCAUAGGACAAGCCACAAACAUGUAUUAGCCAUUUAGCACAAGUGCUGACUUUCGAGGAACAGGAGGAAUGCGGGCAGCGAAGGCAGCGAGUGGCAAAAAUAAGCGCGCGAAGCUCUACCGGAUUAAGGUUAUCUCUAUGGGAGACAAUGCUGCCGGGAAAUCAUGCCUCAUUAAGCGGUACUGCGAGGAGAAAUUCGUCUCCAAGUACAUCCCCACCAUCGGUGUGGACUAUGGCGUAAAGCCCAACAAGUACAAUGACUACGAGCUGCGUGUGAACCUGUGGGACCUGGCGGGCGGGCCGGACUACACGGAGGUGCGCAACGAGUUCUACAAGGAGGCCCAGGGCUGCGUGCUGGUGUACGACGUCACCAACCGCGCCAGCUUCGAGGCGCUGGAGGGCUGGCUGGAGGAGAGCCGCAAGUACGGGGCGGAGAACAUGGUCGUCUUUGUGGCUGCCACCAAGACGGACCAGCCGGUGCGCAAGGUGUUUGAGAAGGAGGGCCGCGAGUGGGCGCAGUCCAAGGGCUUCCCCUUCUUCGAGGUGUCUGCCAGCAGCGGCAGCGGCGUCAAGGCGCUGUUCACCAGCCUGUUCGCGCGCAUCCUGGCCACCGUGCCCGGCAUGCCCGAGGACCUCACCGCGCUGGCGGUGCAGCAGGCCAACAGCGCGCGAGGCGAGGACGCGUGACACAAGUGCGCUGCUGAAGAAACACAUGACGAAGCUCGGAUGCGCACACAAGUAUGCGCUGCUGAAGAAACACAUGACGAAGCUCGGAUGCGAGGAAGAAGCAUCGGAGUGUAGCUGGGCAGCCCGGCAGAAGCAAGCUACCAGGCAAAAUCAGACCGGGGCCAUCGUACAUACGGAUCUAGAGCCGCUCGGCGCCACUGCAAAGUGCCUCGGCAGGGGCCCGGCAAUGCGGCAGCGCCGCCCGCGCCCGCUUGGCGUGGCGCCGCCGCCUAUCCAAACGCCCCUCUGUGUCUAUGUGGCCUUGGGCUUCUUGGUGCCGUAGCGAGACCUGGGGGCAGAGGUAGCGACGGGUAGGGCAGUGGCUGAGCACGGGCACGCAUAGGGUCGUUUACAUAGGAAAGGAAUGGAGAAGGAGGAUGCGCAGGCGCUGAACUGGCGCACACCAACGGGCCGCUGUGCAUAUACUUGCGAGAACCACGAAACGCGGCGUUGAAUGCAGAGCAGUGGACAAUUUUGACUGUGUUUGGAGGCAGCGUGGAUG